AUGGCGCUCUUGAAGGAUGGCAUUGGUGCUGGUGUUCUUGUAGAUGUACUGGAUCGUGUUCUCGAGUUCUUCAAGUCGGCGACAAUGUUCUGCGUGUUCGAUGUGGGCUGCUGUGAAGUCUCCUGUGACCCUGGGUGUUCGCUUGGUGUAGCGUCCGUAGUUGGCGUUGGACUCGACCUAUCGUCUGGGAUCUUGUUGGUGGAGGACAUAGAUGUCGACAUGGACAGUGCGAAGGCUGUUCUCGGUGAAGGAGAAAUUUUCGGUGAUGAUGCCGACUUUGCUGUGCAAUCCCCAUCCUUGGAGCCCUUGUUACCGCCAGAGGUGAGCACGCCUGAUCGGCUGGUCGAGUGCUUGGAGCAUGUGACCGACUUGAAGUCAUUCUUUCAGACCACGAUUUCUAAUGUUGCUGACUGCGAUAUUAAUGAGACCCUUGGAAGUUUGCUUCACAUUGCAAUCAAUAAGUUGUGUGUCGUCGUGGAACGGUGCACAGGACAGCCGCCCGACCCUGAGGACAUUGAGGCCAGGACGGGGCUCCGCAGCCCCUACACGUUGAUCAAGAGGGCCAAUUCCCUCCUCGCCUAUCUUCGUUGGGUCGAUGGUCAGCCCCUUGCAAAUCUGUCCUUCUCGGGUGUGUUCCAAGAGACUCUUGUUUGGGAACAUUUUCAGUACUUGAAGAAAGAAAACAAGCCUCCGACCAGCGGUUCGACGUUGCUUUCUGCCAUGCGGUUCUUGCACUACGUCCUUGAGGUGGAUGUGCAGGUAUGCAUUUCUAGCCGGCGCAUCGUCGGUGCCAGUCAGCAGUUGGCUGCUAAGACCGGUUGGCUCAAGCAGGCUCGUGCAUUAACAGUUGAUCAGGUUCGCAAAUUGCAUGAACUUCUCGAAGGCAGCGACGACCCCCUGUUGCGUUGCUUCGCUGCAUAUGCCUUGAUCGCCGUCUAUGGACGAUGUCGGCACUCUGACCUGCAGUGCAUCUGGGACCUGGAGUGCGAUUUCGAUGGUGUUUCGGGCUUUCUGCAGAUUCGAACGGGUCGUCACAAGACCUCGACCACCGCCAAGAAGAAGGCGCAGUUUUUGCAUAUCUUGGUCCCUGCACAGGGAGUGGUCUCUCGUCCCUGGCUGCCUCUUGCAAUCCAGGCGUUUGAAGCUGUUAACCUGUGUUUAAUUGGCAAGAUUGACGGGCCCAUUUUCCGCCCACCCCUUGAUGCUGAGUGCUCUGCCCUCUGUGCUCGCCCCGUGUCCUCGCAAGAAGUGUCCAGGAUGCUUCGUCAAGCCCUCGAUUUGCCUGAGGACUCCGGCGUGUCCUCCCAUUCCCUCAAGGUCACUGGCCUGUCCUGGGCAUCCAAGGCUGGCACGCGCGCUGGCAUGGACCGUGAUACUUGUGCUGUCUUGGGUCGGCAUGCUCGCAAUCAACUCACGACUGAGGUUGUGUACAGCCGUGACCUCAGCGCGGCCCCGUCGUUGGCCUUUUCUCGCUUGUUGCAUCAGGUGGCUCUUGGGGUGUUCAUGCCAGAUGCUCCUUUGCGCGCUUUCUGGAGCGAGUCUUGUGAAGCCUCUCCUGGCCUAGCACCAAUUUUGCCUGUGGUGCGACCCUCCGGAGCCAUCAAAGUUGAAGAUUCCGCCUCCGAAGCCGAGGAGUCUGCGCAUGAGAGCAGCGAGGAUUCCUCCGCUUCUGAGGCCUCCCGAAGCAGCAGCUCGGACAGUGUGACCCCUUCCUCAAGCCCUCCCCUCAGCAAAAAGGCCCGCCGCUUUCUGCCUGAGACACGGGAUGAGUCCGACGUCUGGGUCUGGGUGAUCCACCGUCGUUCCCGCAAGUUGCACUUGGUCCGCGGCCAAAGCAAUCUUGAUGCGUGCCUUCAAGUUCUUGCAUGCGGACGUGUGCGCUCCGAUGCGUACAGAGUUGCCGAGGAUGCUGACCUGGAUGCGGUCGAGUGUCAAGGUCAACAGCUAGCCGAUGAUCAGUGGCAUACUUGGGUCCAAACCUCCAUCCCCGCCGCAUCAGCCGGGGAAGCUGCGAGUGUACGCCGACUCGUCUUCGAGGCGCAAACACUUACCUUGGCAGAUCUCAAGGACCAGGUUACCAACCCCAGUGCCUCUGCCGCCCGACCCCUUGCAGAAGCAGAGCGCGACAAACGCAUGGCUGCUUUAAAGGCCAAGGUUUCCGGUGUGAUCAUAGAAGGCGAUGCGGAGCCCAGCCGGGCCCUGUUGGAAUUGGCCUGCACCAUGAGUUCGCUGGAUGAGAUAAGGUAUAUCGCCCCUGAGAAAUGCACCUCCCGCUUGAGCGAGGUGGCCCUUGCCAAGCCCCUCGCCCGUGUCGUCGAGCUGGAGCAGCAGCGGGCUUGUUCUCAAGGACUGGCGCUGGCAUUUGCAGAUGUGGUUGAUUUUCUUGCACAUGAAAAAUACGUCAAUGAGCUGAUGCGACACCUGACAAACCCCGACGCCCUGCCAGGGGGUGCUUGCCAGCUGCAUCAAGUUGUCGAGGCUGACCGCUUGGUUCAUGUGUGGAUGCUUGAGAAAGGAAUCCGGCCCCGGCGCAAGAGUGACGGAUCCCGCGCCAUGGAUGACGCUCUCUUUGAAGCGCUCUCGUCGUAUCGCGUUUCCUUCGUCUUGAUCCCUCGUGGAAGCACGGCUGCUGGGAGUGGCGGCGGUCGAGGAAGGAAGCGCAAGAAGACCAAAGAUGACAAGGGCAAGAAGGAUGAUAAAGCUGAGAAGAUUCCCCCUGCGCCCAAGGACCCACCUGCUCGCCCCCCGAAAGGUCCAGGCAAAGGUGCUGCCAACCGUGCGGCUGUCCCCAAGGCCAUUCUCGACAAGGGUGGCAAAGCCCAAACGCCCGAUGGCAAAGCCAUCUGCUACGGGUUCAGCCUUGGGGAGUGCCGGGUGGCCAACUGCCCCCGCCAACCUGUUCUGGAAGUUCGCGAACGGGCUAAUCUUUCUCCUGCAUACAGGCCCCCGGUUGCUCCCUCCUUAAGCACCUCUGUUGUUCCCACUAGCACUGCCGCGUCCGUCAGGCCUGCUGUGGCUCUUGACUUACGUGAACAGCCUUCGCCCUGCCAGUGGGUCGUGGACGUGGCUCGUGCGGAGCAUCUUGCCCGUGCCUCUGUCAACAGCCCUUCGCUUGAAGCUGCCCGGCGCAUUCUUUGCCUGCUUCCCUCUGAGGUCCCCGCACGGGGCCAAGCGCAUAGUGCCUCUCACUCCUGGACCUGCGGCAUGUGGACCUGGGGUGCCCGUGCGGGCGUUCGCGGCUUCACGAAACGUUUCCCCGCUGUGACACGUUUCUUUUGUGCUCUACUUCGCCAGCACUUCCCUGGCCACGCAUUCACGAAUGCUGCUGUGUUCACAAACCUGCGCGCGGAACCGCACGUUGACUCCUGCAACGUGCCUGGUUUCCCCAACCUGCUUCUGCCACUCAGCCUUUUCCGGGACGGCGACGUCUGGCAAGAAUCUCCAGUUGGCGGUGUUCCGCUGGCAGGGCACGAUGCCCUGGGCAUACGGCUCCGCGUCAGUUUGGGGCCCCAGACCUUAGACGCCAGCCGCCUGCAUGCCACACUCCCUUGGAAAGGCGUUCGGUGUUUGCUUGUGGGAUAUUGCCUUCAGGGUUGGGAGCGGCUGUCCGAGAAGGAACGACAGGAACUCCUUAGUUUGGGUUUCCUUAAUCCCGGUUCCCUAGUCCAGCCUGCCCCUGUGCGGCCCCUCACGCCCCCCACCCCGCCUUUAAUUUUGGAGUUAUUCUCCGGGUCUGGUCGCGUCACUGCGGCCCUGCGUGCACUUGGUUUUGAGGCUGUUGCCAUUGACAAGGUCAAGAGCGUUGGGUGUGCCGCCCCGCCCUGGGUGCUCGAUGUCUCUACGCCAGACGGCCUUGCCCAGCUGCUCCAACUUGUGCAAAACCCGCGCGUCUUGGGGUUGUUCGCCGCUCCGGCUUGUGGCACGUGUUCUCUGGCCCGUGGCAUUCCGUGCUGGGACAGCCAGGGCAAUCCGGUGCCUGUGCCCCGGCCUCUGCGGUCAGACCGUCACCCGGACGGUAUGCCCGACCUCCCCCCCGGUGAUGCUCGCCGUGUGCGCCUUGCAAACGAAAGCUACCUGGCGCUUCGACAGGCCGUGCGCCUGGGUGUGCAGCGUGGCAUCUUGAUUGCUGUGGAGAAUCCGCGGUCAUCCUUGUUUUGGAAGACUUCCUUUUGGCGCGACGUGGCUCAUGCUUUUCGCUAUGUGGAUCACCAGGCGUGCGCCUAUGGUGGCGACCGCCCCAAGUUCACCCGGAUUGCCUACACGCACCCUUCUUUCGAGUCCGUGUGCAAGCUGUGUCCCGGCUGCCCUGCGCAUGCGUCUUGGGGUGUCGACCCCGCGGCCCCCAACGGUUUCGCCACCAGUCGGGAGACCGCCUACCCUCGUCCCUUGGCUCAUGCCAUUGCGCAGUGCUUCGCGAGUGCCCUUCCCACUGUCGAGCCGCCGGGCCUUCAGCUUCCGGCGUUACGCAGCCUGGCUGGACUUCAACCAAAAGCUAGCAAGGUGCCAGCCUUGGUCCCGGAGUACAAGACCACUUGCGUGGUCCGGGGGCCUGCCGCCAGCCUGGUCCCGCCUUGCCAACCCAUGCAACGCCUCGAGCAGGCUUGGCCGGUGCCUGCGGAUUGUCAAUGCAGCUUGAAGGUCAUACCUCCCUAUGCUCAGUUGCUGCGUCUCAGUCCGGUUAAAAUGGGAAAGCAGGAUGAGGAAACUCGUAGGCAUGUUGAAUUGGCGUGGGGCAUUCCGUGGUCGCCAAGUGAAUUCAUUCAGUGUGCUUGCAAAGCUGUCCACCCUGUGGCCCAAGAAGCACAAUUACCCAGCGAACUUCUUCAAGCCGUCGAAGUGAAUUGCAAUGCGACGACAGCGUCGGCCCUUGAAGGGAAGCGCACAGCUUGGUUUGAAAAAUAUUUCAAACGGUGCUUGGAACUCAGGACAGACGAAUGCAAACUCAAGGAUGGCAUGCAUCCCGACGUCCGAGGCAUCCUUGAACCUAAAAACCUUCUUGUCUGGCGCGAAAUCUCAGAUGACCUCAACUACCCUGACAAAACUGUCAUCGAGGAGGUGAUUUCAGGGACCAUGUUGACUGGUGAAGUUCCGAGUACUGGGCUAUUCAACCCUGUUUUCAAACCCGCGGCAAUGUCCGAGGACUUGUUGCGAGACACCGCCGAUGAGGGCAGGCACAGUGUCUUCCGGAGUGUUAAGUCGCAGGGUGAUUUGCUUGACCAAGAAGUAAAGAAGCAAACCCUUGAAGAACUACAGAAAGGUUGGUUGGAAGGGCCCUUUGAUCCGUCUGAGCUGCCUAACGGCUCAGUAGUCUCUCGCCGGUUCGGGAUCCAGCAAGGGUCAAAGGUACGUCUGAUAGACGACCUCAGUGCAUCGCACGUCAACUCGUGUGUCCAAACAAAUGAGUCUCCAAAGCCCCAUUCCACCGACGUUCUUGCUGCACUUGCCAUUCAGCUCAUGAGGUCCACCAAUGAGCCACUCUUGGGUCGUACCCAUGAUUUGAAAGCAGCAUAUCGACAGCUGGCGGUGUCCCAGAGUUCCGCUUGGUGCUCGUACGUUUGCAUCUGGGACCAUGAGCGUGCCGCCCCCGUGUGCUUCAGGCUCAAAGCGUUGCCUUUCGGCGCGUGCAGAAGCGUUUAUUCGUUUCUGCGCGUAGUGCAUAGCAUCUGGUUCAUAGGGACUGUUGGGUUAAGCCUCCCUUGGGUUUGCUAUUUCGAUGACUUCAUCACGAUUUGUUCGGGCAGCCUCGCACACAGCACUGACGAUACCAUCAAGCGCUUAUUCAAGCUCCUGGGCUGGACACUGUCCAGUGACGGAAAGAAGGACUUGCCGUUCAGGAGGUCUUUCGAAGCUCUUGGCAUCGUCGUCGAUUUAGAGGAGAGCGCGAACAAAGUUGUGAAGUUUGCAAACACCCCAUCCAGGGUGAGCGAACUCUGUGGGUCCAUUGGCGACAUACUCGACGCUGGUUCCCUCAAACAGCCUCUGGCCUUGAGGUUGAGGGGACGCAUGCAGUUUGCUGACAGUCAAUUGUUUGGAAGGUCCGCUAGGAUGUGCCUUAGACAAGUCACCAAGCACGCCUAUAGUGAUGUGUCCGAUACCUUGUGUGAGGAUUGCGUUUUCGCUCUGGACAGGUUCAGGAAGAUGCUUCUGGAGCACAAACCCAGAGUCUUGAACGGAUCUUUGCGGGAAAAAUUCGUCAUCUUCACGGACGCCUGCUUCGACCCAGAGGCAUCGGACUGGGCGUGCGGUAUUGGUGGCCUGCUGUUUUCUGACAGAGGUAAACUCCUAGGUGCCUUUUCCGAGCAACUUGAGCGCUGGCAGAUUGAAGCAUUGACCGAGGGUUUUCGUAAGACGGUCAUUUUUGAAGCUGAACUUUUGGCAGUUAUUGUUUCGCAGCUUGUAUGGGGACACGUCAUCAGACAUGCACCUGUGCUGUGGUUCGUUGAUAACAAUGCCUCCCGCGACAUCGCGAUUUCAGGCUGCACGAGGUCUGACAAUGCACAAGCGCUUCUAAAUGUCUUGCUGGAGAGCGAGGAGCAGUUCGAUGUCAAAGCAUGGUACGCCAGGGUUCCUUCUCCGUCUAACCCUGCUGACCAUCCCUCUCGAACAAAGCUGGAGUCCUACGUUCAUGGCAACACUUUGGUUGGUGCAGUUGACGCCCGCAUGUGCAUGUUUGCCCACGCUUCCACGUGA